AUGAUAUCGACGUUCCCUGUGAAUAGGCAGACCUUUGUUGGUUUGCUCACCUUUCUCUUCUUCCUGUGGACGCUGUCGACCUUUACCCAGACAACAUCGUCGACACCCACGCACGUCACACACGGUCCGUCUGCCAAUCCCGUGGGCCAGCCUCAGUACCCGAAGAGUAAUCCCGCGGUCAAACCCGGUCGCCCGACGCCCGACAAGUCUUCGAAGCCAGGCCACGAUAUUUCACGCCCGGACAAGUCGCCCGAGUACUCCCUCCCGCCAUGGUACGAGGACGACGAAGACGAGGCGGCCAAGAUUGCCUCCCAGACAAAUGCCAAGGGAGCAAAGCAGACGGCGGGCACGGCGUCUAAGCAAGGCGCAAGCAAGGACUCGUCCGCCUCUUCAUCACUCAAGUCGGAUUCGUCGUCGUCGUCGUCGUCGUCGUCGUCGUCGUCCACCUCGAAGGACCGUAGCCGCCCCUUGGUCCUCUACGCCUAUGCCGAGUCCGACGCCGGCCGCGAUAACCUCCAGUUCUUUGUCAAGCAGGGCCUGCACGACGCUGCCGACUUCAUCUUCAUUCUCAACGGGGAGACCAAUGUCAGCAGCAUCAUCCCGGCCAAGGACAACAUCAAGGUCAUUGACCGGAACAACACUUGUUUCGAUCUCGGCGCGUACGGCGAGGUGCUCCGGAAUGACGACCUGUACAAGAAAUACAAGCGGUUCAUCACCAUGAACGCGAGCAUCCGCGGCCCUUUCCUGCCUCACUGGGCGCAGUCAUGCUGGACCGACAUGUACCUGGACCGCCUCACGGACAAAGUAAAGUUGGUCGGCAUGACGGCAAAUUGCUGGCCCAAAUUCCACGUCCAGUCCAUGAUCUGGGCCACCGACGACGUGGGCAUCGACUUGCUCCUCAACCCCCCGCCUGGCUCCUCCGUCAAGGACGACUUCGGCACCGAGGAAGACCCCGUCGGCCUGGCGGGCUGCUACGACGGCUGGAACCAUGCCGUGCACGCCGAGAUUGGCGCUACGCACACAUUCUUGAAGCAAGGCUACAAGGUGGACCUGAUGAUGACGGCGUUCCAGAAGUCCAAGAACUACAUUGAGGAGUGCGACACGUCCCAGAAUGGUGACGUUCUCUGGAACGGCAAGUAUUUUGGCACCAACGUGCACCCGUACGAGACCAUCUUCAUCAAGGCCAAUCGGGACAUUGACCCUACCUUGAUUGGACACUUGACGAACUGGCAUCAAGCCUCGGGCUUUGACAGUUAUGCCGCUUGCAAGUCGGGUUGA